AUGGACCCGAUAGCAAGGAGCCCUGCUCUGAACCCCGCCUCUACUCCAUUCUUUCCUGGCGGAAUGCGGGUCAACGACGAUGAAGGCAGAGGCUCCAGUAUCGGAUUCCGAGUGCCACUAAACCGGGAACAGCAUUACAGCACGUCAGGUUCCACCAUCUCCCUUUCUCCGUCGGAACAUCGUUCCAUGCGGUCGUCGCCCAUUUCACUUCAAGAUGACCGUGAUCGCAACUCUGGGCCUGGGGUGCAUCUUAAUUCAUCAGACGAAGGGCCUCGUCAUUCUCCAGCGAGUAAUCAACCCGAAGGAGAUAGGACAUUUUCCGCUCAUGAGAGACAGGUUGCAAGAAGUAUGUCUGGGACUACGGAUAGUAUUCCAGAAGGCGACGACACUCCUAGCCCUGCGAUCCCUAACGGACAGUCGGCGUCGAAUAUUUCGUUUCUUGGAAAUAUGCUCGGACGUGGUCGGGAUCGCCUUAACACUCCUCCCGUUGUAUUGGAUACCAGCAAUACUCGGUCAUCUCUCGUACAUGCACCAUUUUUAUCCUCGUCUCCUGCCUCAUCUCUAGACUCCGGCAGCCAUUUCGCAUCGAGCGCAGACUUAUCGAUAUCCUUUGAUACUCAACUGAGGGCUUCACCCUUCGUCCACGAUCUCAUAGACCGGCUCAUUCGCUGUGAAUAUACUAGUCGUGAGAUACAACGAGAUCUCAACGACGUCCACCGCAAGCUGGAUAUACUCGUAGAGAGGACACUCCAUACGAACGGACCACCAGAAUUCAAGGAUCCCUUUGCUCCCGCUCCGGCUUCUCAGACCCUGUUCUCCUCUGCUAAUGGGCCACGGGCGUCCAUGAACGCGAGUAUUGCGCCAAAUCAACCUGCGCCUACGGACGACAUAAGUCAAAUUUCCAACAGACUCAAUACGCUAACCACUUCUGUUGGCCAGUUGUUGGCGUUACAGACACAACAGAUGCAAGCUGCAGGCGCAGGGCUUCAAUCUGUGCCCCUAUUACCAGGCAAUAUUGGACAGGGAGAUCUAAGUUCCAACCAAGCCACGCCUCAACAGGUGCUUUCGACGGGUUCAACAUUGGGUCAUGGCUUACCUGGUCGCCCUGACAUGAGACCGAAUCCACGCAUGCCCAAUCCUCCUAUGCGAACGUGGUCUGCUGGAAACAUCGAUGUUCCAUUGCGACCUGCUGAUUCCUCUGGCCCGCUUAAUCGUCAAGAUACUCUCUUCCGUGACAAGCGUAGAUCUGUUUCCGCAUUGAUGAGACGUGAUUCUGCAGGUGGUGAGAAUUUGACUGGUGGUUCAUCAUCUACUCGGGAGGGGGGACCCAUAAUCACGAAAUGGGAUCAGCUGGCCCUCGCUCCCGAUCUGCUGCGAUCAUUGAACACUUUUGGUGUGGGACCUCCGAACAAGAUCCAGCAACGCGCACUACCAUUCCUACUGCGAGGUGCAGACAUUAUCGCCCAGGCUCCACCAACUCAGGAGCGGAUUGCAGCCUAUGUCAUACCAGCUAUUCAUGUUGCACUGAGCAACGCCUCCAUGCGUGUUCCCGUUCGGGGUCCUCUGGUGGUCAUGAUUUCUACGACAGUCGACCAAGCGACACAAGCCCAAAGGAUGAUUCGCGAUCUAGGUGGACCUAUUGGUAUCAAAUCGGCGUUAGGAGUUGGAUCUGCUUCCGCUGGUGUUGAUCUCAACCAAGAACUCCGAAUUUUGCAACAGAAUAUGCCCCAUAUAAUUUGCGGUACACCUCAGAAGUUGCACGCCCUCUUCACAUCGCCCGGUGGUAUGCCCGGGACUGAAGUUCGAUUCCUGGUAUUGGACGAAGUCGAUCAAUUGAUUGCACGAAACCUCCACGAAUACGUCUUCAAUAUCAUCAAGCUCCUGCCACCCCCUCGUUCUCGCCCUCUUGGGGCGACAUCGCCUGGCAGUAAUCCGGGGUCUGCAUCGCACGCAUCCUUCUCAGCAUUUGAAUCGAACGCGCCUAACUCACUCAUACCUCCCAUGCAAAACGCGGCUCGGAGAUUCUCGGCGAUUGGCCUGAGAUCGUCUCCUCCCAUUGAGUCAGCGAACGGCGGCCUGUCACAGGCUAUCGAGCGACAAACGGCUUUGUUUUCCAAUACUGUCCCGCAGGACGUGUUGAAUCUUGCUCAAGCUAUCCAACUGCGGGAGCCUGUCAGGGUCCUUGUUCGUCGUGACGGUAACGUGACGCAUGCAGACACGAGUCAGGGUGCCCGUGGUCUCCGGCAAUUCUAUCUGUACCUUGCCUUUACUGCAGGCGGCCGAUCAGACGCACCUUUGCCUACCACUGGACUUGGAAUUAUCGGUUCGGGUAGAGGCGCAUCCAGCGCUGAAACGGCGCAAGCUCGGGAAUGGAAGUUGGAAGCCCUUGCCGAUCUAUUCGAUGAUCUUGAUGUACCGCAGGCAAUCAUUCACGUAGGUGGGAUGACGGCUUUGGACGCCGUAGUGUAUAAAUUAGCGAGCAGGGGCCUUGAGGCUGUUCCUCUACAUGGAGAUAUGAAUGCGGGAGCCAAGCUCGCUGCCCUCAACAAGUUCCGCGGUCCUCCCUCUGGUAUCAUGCGACAAUCGACAGCGAAGGUAUUGGUCGUUUACGAUGUUCAGGUCAAGACACCGGAGGUGUCUCAAAUUCCUCUCAUCAUCAAUUAUGGCAAGCAUUCCAUUAUAGGGUUAAACCAUCUACCAAAAGCUGUCGAAGAAUACGCCCAUCGCGUUGCUCCUGCUAUUGCUCCUAGUUAUUCACGCGCAGGUGUCAUCAUCAAUUUUGUCACUGCUACUGGUGGUGAUGUCGAAAUGCUGCGCUCUAUAGAGUGCUUCUACAAGAUUAAAUGCCCCGAAGUUCCCAUGAGUCUCCGCGACAUUGUUUAG